AUCCCCGCCGAGGGGUGGGGUGGGGGGGGUGGGAACGCGGACCCCGCCCCUUCGCGACUCCACGAGUGACGUCGUGGGGGGCGCCGGCCUCCGCCCGGCUGCGAGCGGCUCUCCCUGGAGGCCCAGACCCCUCUGCUCCCCAUGGGCAGCUGCCAGGCAGUGCACAACCUGCAUCUCUGCCUGGCCCACCACCCACCUCUGGUCUGUGCCACUUUGAUCCUGCUGCUUCUUGGCCUUUCUGGCCUGGGCCUUGGUGGCUUCCUCCUCACCCAUAGGACUGGCCUGCGCAGCCCUGACAUCCCCCAGGACUGGGUCUCCUUCUUGAGAUUGUUUGGCCAGUUGACCUUGUGCCCUGUGAAUGGGACAGUUACAGGAACGCAUGAGUCUCACGUCGUGGGCUUACUGACCACCUUGAAUUUCGGAGAUGAUCCAGACGGGAACAAGACCCAGACAUUCCAAGCCCAGGUCCCCAGGAGUCAGAUGGGAUUGAAAGGAUCUUCUGGAAGCGAUCUGGUCCUCAUUACAGCCAGGGUGACCACAGAAAGGACCUGCCUAUAUUUCAGUGCUGCUCCAGGAAUCCUGCCUUCCAGCAAGCCACCCAUGUCCUGCUCUGAGGAGGGAGUAGGAAAUACCACCCUGAGCCUUAUGGCUGAGGGGUGUGUCAGUGUCUGGAGCCACGAAGGUCUUGUGCUCACCAAGUUGCUCACCUCGGAGGAGCUGGCUCUGUGUGGCUCCAGGCUGCUGGUUUUGGGCUCGUUCCUGCUUCUCUUCUGUGGCCCUCUCUGCUGUCUCACUGCUCUGUGCUUCCCCCCGCGCCGGGAGUCCCACUGGUCUAGAACCCGGCUCUGAGGGCACUGGCCUAGUUCCUGUCUCGUUCUCAGGUGUGAACUUCUUGGGUCUUCGUUCGGAGUUGGAAGAGAUGUUACAAAAAGUGGAGAGCUGGAAUGUGGGAGGAAAUAAAAGGCUUUUUUUUUUGCCC